UCCUCCUCCUCCGCCGCCGCCGCCCUCACGAAUGUCGUCAUUGAUCGAGCAUACAAAAACCGACCGUUACCCCGCCGCCACGUGAAAUACGACGAAACCGCCCUAUACCAUUACCACGAAACGACUGAUACCCGCUACAUCAACUGGCGACGGCUGUACCGCAACCGACACUUGAUUGACAAGCGGUGGCGCGAAGGCAAAUGCAAGAUGCGUGUAUUUCCGCACAAGGACUCGCUGAGCGACAUGCACCUUGAAGGGAUUUACUGCAUCCAGUUCGACGAGGACAAGAUAGUCAGUGGCAGUCGAGAUCGAACGAUCAAGAUAUGGGACAUGCGCACAGGCGAGUGUCGUCGCACACUGUGUGCACACAGCGCGAGCGUGCUCUGUCUUCAAUACGACGAACGGUUUAUCAUCAGCGGCAGCAGCGACAGGACGAUGGUCCAGUGGGAUAUGGAGACAGGCAGAAUUAUACGCACACUUAGAGGCCAUAGCUCGAGCGUGCUGAACUUGCGCUUUUCUGCAGAUCGUGUCGUGAGUUCCUCCAAAGAUCACACGAUCCGUGUGUGGGACUUGCACACGGGGGAGACCCUGCGUGUGCUCCGCGGCCACCAUGCGGCGGUCAAUGCUAUCCAGUUCAAAGACAAUCGCAUCGUGUCUGCCUCUGGCGACCGCACCGUCAAGAUGUGGGACAUGGAGACCGGGGAGUGCUUGCGCACGUUCGAUUCACACAGCCGCGGUAUUGCUUGCGUCGAGUUUGAUGGCGAGCGGAUCGUGAGUGGCUCGAGCGACCAGACAAUUAAGGUAUGGGAUGCAGAAACUGGACAGUGUCUGCAUACGCUGGCGGGACACACGGAUCUGGUGCGCACGCUGCAGAUGGAUGCCAGUGUUGACCGCAUUAUCAGCGGUAGCUAUGACGGUAGUUUGCGCAUCUGGGGCCUCAGCCAAGGAUGUCAUCUGCGAAGCCUAAGCCAAGCCAUCGAAGGAAAGGUGCUCAAUUUGCAGUUCGACUAUGCACGGAUAGUCUGUUGCUCCAACCUCGCAAAGAUUGUAAAAUAUGAUUUUGCCCAUGGCAUCGAUACUCAGUUUCUCAUGUAAUAUUGCUUUCUGUCUCUCUCUCUCUCUCUCUCUCUC